CCACUUUUCUGUCGACUCGUAGGUUUAUUUAGAAAAGAGGUAAUAGAAGUCUGCAGACGCAGCUUUAAUUGGCGGUAGGGCUAGAAGCAACAGGCGCGAAGCUUCAGUCGGACUGUGGAGACCUAAUUGUUCGAUUUUCUUAGCACAACAAAAGCAUGAGGCAUUCGGUUAAUCGUCCACCAACACCGGAUACACGGGAUGAUCAAGAAAAGGAGCCUACCCUUAAUGAAAUUAUCAACAUUAAGUUGAUUGAGAGUGGGGAAAAGGAACGUUUGAAGGAGCUUUUGAGGGAAAGGCUUGUGGAAUCUGGGUGGAAGGAUGAAAUGAAAGCUCUUUGUAGGGAAUAUGUCAAGAAGAAAGGACGGAACAAUGUAACUGUCGACGACCUUGUACAUGUGAUUACCCCGAAAGGCAGAGCUUCAAUUCCUGAUUCCAUCAAAGCUGAGCUGCUACAGAGAAUUCGUACAUUUCUUGUUUCAGCCACUCUUUGAUUCAACAGCUUCAUAUGCAUGAAGAAGGUAGCAGUAAAGGUGAAUAUGUGGCAUUAUGUUUUGACUCAUUCAUCUUGGGGCGUUCCUGGUCUAGAUUAUGACAACUGUGGAGGAGCCAUAUGAGAAGAUGUGUCAUUGGCAGUUUGAUUGUUCCAAGUUCAACCACUGCAUCGCCUCUCACCUUUUAGUGUCUAAAUUAUUUGCUUUCUGACUGGUGCUGGUCUUUAAGAGUAGUUUUAUUGCAUUACCUGCGCAGCACAAACCCCCCAUCUUUUUUCUCUUUUUUAUUGUUGUAUACUGGGGGUUGGUAAGAGCCAGUUGGAUGUAUGUUUUCUCUGGCUUUGUGUUAAUUCUUACAAGAAUAAAGAUUUGGGUUCUCCAUCUUA